AUGGGAGUAGAAGGCUGGCCAGAUGGGAAAGGAGUGCAAUUCACAAAUGUGGGAGAAGAUAUCGACCAGUGGAACAAAGUCAUCGAGCAGCUAGGAACUCCGUGUCCAGAAUUCAUGAAGAAAUUGCAGCCCACAGUCAGAAACUACGUGGAGAAUCGGCCCAAGUACGCAGGACUCACCUUCCCCAAGCUCUUUCCAGAUUCCCUCUUCCCAGCGGAUUCCGAGCACAAUAAACUUAAAGCCAGCCAAGCCAGGGAUUUAUUGUCUAAGAUGUUAGUGAUUGACCCAGCAAAGAGGAUAUCGGUGGACGACGCACUGCAGCAUCCGUACAUCAACGUUUGGUACGACCCGGCUGAAGUGGAGGCGCCUCCGCCUCAGAUUUAUGACAAGCAGCUGGAUGAGAGGGAGCACACCAUUGAAGAGUGGAAAGAACUUAUCUACAAGGAAGUAAUGAGCUCAGAAGAGAAGACUAAGAAUGGUGUAGUUAAAGGCCAGCCCUCACCUUCAGGUGCAGCAGUGAACAGCAGUGAGAGUCUCCCUCCAUCCUCGUCUGUCAACGACAUCUCCUCCAUGUCCACCGACCAGACCCUUGCAUCCGACACUGACAGCAGCCUGGAAGCCUCAGCAGGACCGUUGGGUUGUUGCAGGUGACUAGCCGCCUGCCUGCGAAACCCGGCGUUCUUCAGGAGAUGACGCGAUAGAACACAGCACAUAUGCACAUACACAGCUUGCACACACACACACACACACACACACACACACCACACAUGCACAAAUGCACUCACGCAAUGUCAAGAUAAAAUAGCAAGAGAGAGAUCCAACGUAAAAAUAAGUUAAAUCUUUCUGCGUGCUUCUCUAAAGUUCUGUAUCACAGCUGAGCUGAAAUGUAUACUUAACUUCUAGUUGCGCUCGCUUUGGUCUCCCUCCAGCAGUGCUUACUACACAAGACAAGCCAGACACAAUUAGAGAAGCCUUUCCCUAAAGUGUAACUUAAGUGGCUGCAGAACCAGCAACCUGUAACUGCCCUUCAAAUGGCAUGAGGAGGUGGGCACGGGCCCCACCCAGCAUGUGUGUGUCUCUAUCUCGCGUCUACCUGCUCCUUUCGGCCUAGUCAGAUGGAUGUAGAUACAGAUCCGCAUGUGUCUGUAUUCAAACAGCACUUAGAGAUGCUCCUGUCAGUGUCCUCAAGGCUCCACCAAGACACGCACCGGGGUACCACAUGGUCCAUUUCAUGUGAUCUAUUACUCUGACAUAAAUCCAUCUGUAAUAUAUUGCCAGUAUAUAAGCUGUUUAGUUUGUUAAUUGAUUAAGCUGUAUGUCUUAUAAGAGAAUCUGUAAAGGGGGAAUAUGGAGGAGUGAACUCUCAGACCCUUGAAGAUGUAGCUUCCGAAUUUGAACCGAUUAAAUGGCACCUGCAUACCAA